GCAUCAUUCCUUAGUGUGGCGCUGACGCCAUUAUUCCGGGUAACAAGGAGGGUUGAUGAAUUGGGGGCUGCACUGGAGCCACUUUUCAGGAGGUAUUGUGAACCACUAGGGGAUUUGGAGGCAGUUCCGGAUGAGAGCAUUAAGAGGAGGUUGUUUGAACAUAUUCAACCACAUUUGGCUGUUGCUUUGAACGAGACAUUCAGUGUUCCCAUGAGGGCUUCUGUGGAUCAAUUCAAGGAUGGCAAUUCUGGUGGGAAGGCCAGCACUAAAAGGCAGUUCGGCAGUAGAGAUAGUUUGUCAACUGAAUUGGAGUUUCACAUGUCUGUUUCUGCGAAAUACUUGCUAUUGUCAGCUUUCCUGGCUUCAAGGAACCCGGCUACUCUUGAUGCAGCUUUGUUCGAUUCAACUGGAGGGUCGGAUAAUCAUAGGCGCAAGAGAAAGAGCUCUCAGGCCUCGAUGAAUAUGAAGGACACCAUGGUUGAAGAGAUGCUUAUGAAAGGCCCUGGUACAUUUCCUCUUGAGAGGCUCUUGGCUAUAUUUCAGUGCAUUACAUCAGUGUCAGAAGAUGCUCUCAAUGAUGUUGAAUGUCCUGAUAGUAUGAUGAAUGGAAGUGGAAUGACUGGUUUGAUGUCAGAUGUUCUUUUGCAAUUGUCAACACUGUGCAAUUCGAAUUUCCUCUCCAAAAGCCGGAGCUGCCCACUAGAAGGCUCAGCUAGAUAUCGAUCUAACAUUGAUGAAGAUUUAGCUCUCAAGGUUGCCAGGAGUGUUAGUUUUCCCCUCUCGAAGUAUAUCUACAGAAGAUAGCCUUUGCAUCCUUAGUCUAGGCUGUAACAACUCUCGUAUUGUUGCCUUUAGAUUCUAUUGUAAUAGCUUCCUGAGAUCUGUCUAGUUUCUUUGAUGGUAGAGCAUCGAGGGACAGAAAUUGCUAGAUGCCCCAUGUUCUUUAGUUUCUUGACUUUCUUUCAUCUCAUUUCUCGCUCAUACAUGGAGACAUUGAGUAUGGUACCCAGUCCUGGUUCUAAUGGCAACCGAACAUUUCUGAGCUUCAUUGAAAUGCCUCAGAAGUAGCAUUUUGUUGACUACUUGUGCUUCAGAAAGAAAGAAAAGAACCACUAGCAAUUGAA